AUACCCUUUCCUAUCCAGUGCCUAUAUUCAACCCAAUUGCCACUAAUAGAAAUAUUAGAGUUGUACCAUAAUGAUUGAGUCUUUAUGUCAGAAAUAUUUGUAAUCUUAUCAUAGCAUUUGGAUAGAUACAAACCCCAUGCCGAUACAACAUCCCUCCAAAAAAAUAUUUGUAAUAUAAGGCACUAAAGUAGUGUUCAUAUAUAAGUAAUCCACCAACCAUAGGGUAUCUAUUCCUGGGAUGAAAAUUCCAGCAUGUUUGACCCAAUAUGACUUUCUAUACAGUCUUGUCUUUAGUUUAGGUAUUGGUGUUCGUGCCUACUGUGAUCCUGACUGGUACGGCUCUGAUUGUCUGACAUACUGCAAGGCGCAAACUACUGACUAUUACGGUUGCCAGGUUUCGAGCGGGGCCAAGAUCUGCUUCCAAGGAUGGAAGGGAGAUUACUGUACUCAGGACGUCGACGAGUGCACUGAAAGAGUGGACGUGUGUCAACAUGAUGGCAGCUGCACAAACACAGCUGGAGGCUUUCAGUGCCAGUGUGUGGAGGGAAUCACAGGGAAGAAUUGUGAACUUGUAACUAACCACUGUGCCCUGAAUAAAUGCCUGAACGGAGGGAUCUGUAAUGAAAAUGAAAGAGACUUCAAAUGUGAUUUUCCAUGGACUGGAGAAACGUGUGAUCUAAAUGUUGAUAUUACCAACAUCACCGUCCUUGGAGUGAUUAAUCAUAACAACAAAGGCAGUCUCAUUACUGGCUUGAGGAAAGUCGUCAACGAUCUUGGAGGAAUACAGGGGCAAGUGAAUGUCGUGGUCUCAACACAUAUCUACAGUGAAAGCAUAAAUAUCACCACGCAAGUUCAGUUUUAUGUGACACUGGAAAAUGGUACUUUCCUAACGAGUGACUUUGUAAGAGAGAUCUUUACAUCACACAGUGAUACUGACAUCAACCAACACCUCCCCCUUCCCCUCUACCCAGCGAGGGACACAGAUGACGAGGAGAUUGGUAUCACUACCCAAGAAAAUAUAACAGAGGGAAGUUGGUUCAAGAGUAACUGGUAUAAGGUGGUUGGAGCUCUCUCUGCUGGACUUGUGCUGGUGGCACUGUGUGUAUCAUUCCUCAUGUGGAGAAAAAAGUCGCAUGGAUCGGGACAAAUGCUUGAAGACAAUCAGGGAAACGUCAUUGAAAUGGAUGUAGUAAACAGGACCGUGCAGGGCCAGCACAGACCUACCUCAGGCUGUGAGGAGGACGCAAGAGCAUCCACAGACGGAUACAGACGUUCCGGAGCCGCAGCCAGACACAGCUCGCGUCAAGAGGUCGCUUCCUACAGCCAACCAUUUCACGACACGCGUCCUGACGAGAACCGUUGUAGUCGUUUAGCUACACCUACACCAGACAACAGCAACUAUGCAACACUUGGUAGCUGUGAGAAAGGAUCCAAUGACUACACUGUCAUCGAUGACGUUAAUGUAGAUGGGGCAACGGAGAAUCUUUAUGAGGACGUACAUUUUUAAUAACCGUGUUUUGCAAAGGCUAAAUAGGUAUUGAAGCAUAAGCUAUCAUUUUGUGUACUAAUUUCUCUGACUGCAAUACACAUUGUACUAGAAGUAGCAGUGUAAUAGAUCGUAGUCCCGGCACAAAUUCUCCUGAACGUGCAAAGGGUCUUGUAGAUUAAAUGAAACUGUAGACAGUAGUUCCACUUUGUAUUUACCCGUGUCAGUGACACAUUAAGAAUUGCCCCUUGAGCAUACAUACAUAAAUGUAUAUGACGUGAUAUUUUUUGGUCAGGAUAGUGAUGUGCGGUUCAGUCCCGUUCGUGUGUCCACAGCAUUUUGCAAACAAAUUGUAUAUGCAGUAAACCUUCGUUACCUGUGACGUAUACCAGUAGAAAUGAUUUGACCCAAAAGACAAGUGCGCGCUUGCUGUUAAACGCCUCACCCAGCAGUAGUUAAGCUGUAUUGUAUGAGAGCAGUCAGAAAAUAAUCAACACAGACGUGUUUCAGUUUAUACAAUGACGAAGAUGUACUUUGUUGGCAAUUAUCCGUUUACAACUGACAUUUGACUCCAUCGAAUUCUAAACACUCACCACAUGCAUAAAGUAAUGUCAUAGGAGAAUAGACGUAGAUUUGACUGUGGUAAAAGUUGAGUUUCAUAUAGCUACACUUUCGGAUCUGCUUAUGUUAAGUCUACAGGAAGUAUACCACUAAUAUGGAAGCAUACUAGGUCUAUUUCCAAACAACAUCUUUGUUCAAACCAUUUUCGAAAAGUACAUAUUCAUUCAUUCGUUCAUUCAUUCAUUCGCUGCAGCCGUUCUCUGCAACGAAAUUGGACAUAUUCUAAUUAUUCAUCCUCGUGUACAUGUGUUUGCUUUGUUCAGUCCAUGUUUAUGUUUACAUUUUUUUCAUCACAGACUCGAUUUUUUUUAGUAUUCAACAAAUAUCUAAGUCAAGGAAAUUAUCAGAGAACAUGUUCUUUUGAGAAAAGGUGUAUUGAAACGAAUACUUGAAAUUUCCUUAGUAUAAUUACCACAAGAAAGUUAAAACAUAACAGUAGGAUGAUUUAUACAUGUCCCGAUAUUAUGUUUUUAUUCAUAUGUAUAAAGUUUCCUUGCAUGUAUGAAUCUAUGUUUCCCUUUCAUAUCCGUGACCAGUGUUCGCGACGGGCACUAUAUCCUGUUUGAAACUAGUUUUUGUAAUAUAUUAAAAAUA